GGGACAGCCUGGGACUGAGGGGAACUGUCUGCGCCGAGCCAGGAGGAGACGAGGGUGCCGCGGAGCCAGCGCUGCUCGAUCUUCCCCUCGCCUGCCUGACUCGCCUCGCGCGCCGACGUCCCCGGGGCGCCCCGCGCGCGCACAGGGAGCCCCUCGGGCCCGGGGCCAUGCGGGGCAGCGAGUGAGCGAAGCGGGGCGGCCGGGCUCCCCCCUCACUCUCCCGUCGUCGCCGCCGCCGCCUGGAAGCCGCACGCGGAAGCGACAGGGUUGAAUUGCUUCUGGAAAGUUUGAAGAAAAUCCAUUCUCCUGUUUUGGAAGACCAGACAUUCAGAUAAAUGCAGUAUCUAAAUGUAAAAGAAGAUUGCAAAGCCAUGGCUUUCUGUGCAAAACUGAGAAACUCAAAAAAAAGCGAAGUGACCACAGAAGCUCAAGAGCAAGGAUUGGAAAUAUUAUUCUAUUUGCAAGAGAAGCCUCCCAUUCGGUACACCAGUGGCGAGUAUACAGCAGAAAACCUGUGCAUUGAAGCUGCCCAGAAGUGCUCUGUAUCUCCAUUGUGCCACAAUCUCUUUGCACUAUUUGAGGAGAGUAGAAAACUCUGGUAUGCACCAAACCAUGUCUUCAAAAUAGAUGACAAGACAGCACUCCGGCUCCAUUAUCGCAUGAGGUAUUAUUUUAUGAACUGGCAUGGGACAAGUGAAAAUGAGCCAUCAGUCUGGAGGCAUUCUCCAAAGAAACCAAAGAAUUCCUAUGAGAAGAAAUUACUGCCAGAUGGAACUCCUAUCCUUGACACAUCUCCAAAGAAACAAAAGAAUUCCUAUGAGAAGAAACUAGUGCCAGACGGAACCCCUAUCCUUGAUGCAAAUUCACUAGAAUAUCUCUUUGCACAGGGACAAUAUGAUUUGGUGAAGUGCCUGGCACCAGUUCGAGACCCUAAAAAUGAUCAGGAGGUUCAUGAAAUUGAAAAUGAAUGUCUGGGAAUGGCUGUCCUUGCAAUCUCUCACUAUGCCAUCAAAAAAAACAUGAAGCUGCCAGAACUUCCCAAGGAUAUCAGUUACAAACGUUAUAUUCCUGAAACUUUGAACAAGACCAUCAGACAAAGGAAUAUCUUAACCAGAAUUCGGAUAAACAAUGUUUUCAAGGAUUUCCUUAAGGAGUUUAACAAUAAAACCAUUUGCGAUAGCAGUGUCUCUCCACAUGAUCUGAAGGUUAAAUACUUAUCAACAAUGGAGACUUUAACUAAGCAUUAUGGAGCAGAAAUUUUUGAGACUUCAUCAUUGCAUAUUUUAACAGAGAAUGAAAAACAUGGAUUUAAUUUUGGAGACAAUGGGAUCAUCCCACAGUAUGAAGUGAUGGUGACAGGAAACAAUGGAAUACAGUGGAGGCGCAAACCAAAUGUUGUACAGCCUGAGAGAGAGAAACAUAAUAAACUAAAGAGGAAAAAAUCAGACAGCAAAAACAAGAAGGAUGACGAAAAAAACAAAAUCCGAGAGGAAUGGAACAAUUUUUCAUAUUUUCCUGAAAUCACACUCCUUGUCAUAAAGGAGUCCACGAUCAAUAUUAACAAGCAGAACCACGAAAAGAUGGAAUUAAAACUUUCUUCACACGAGGAGGCCUUGUCAUUUGCAUCUUUAGUAGAUGGAUACUUCAGACUUACUGCAGACGCCCACCUCUAUCUCUGCACUGAUGUAGCUCCGCCUUUGAUGGUGCACAACAUAAAAAAUGGCUGCCAUGGGCCCAUUUGCACCGAGUAUGCCAUCAACAAAUUGAGACAAGAAGGGAAUGAGGAGGGGAUGUAUGUGCUGAGGUGGAGCUGUACAGACUUUAAUCACAUCCUCAUGACAGUGACAUGUUCUGAAAUCUCACAGCAAAAGUUAAAUGAGUCAAUCCAAUACAAGAAUUUCCAGAUCGAGGUGACAAAAGACGGUUGCUUCCUUCAUGGCUCAAAUAAGUUUUUCCCAUCUUUAAAAGAACUGAUGGAUCACUUGAAGGGACAGACCCUUAGAACGGACAACAUAAGCUUUACACUGAAGAGAUGCUGCCAGCCAAAACCAAAAGAAAUCUCUAACUUGUUAGUGGCAACAAAGAAAAGCCAGGAAUGGCAUCCUGUUUGCCCUCUAGGUCAACUGAGUUUCCAUCGAAUCCUCAAAGAAGAAGUUACGCAGGAUGAACACCUUGGAAGAGGAACAAGAACACAGAUUUACUCUGGGAUUCUCAAUUAUAAGGAAGAUGAGAAUGGAGGGUACCAGGAUGAAAAAGAGAAGAAAGUCCUCCUCAAAGUCUUGGACCCCAGUCACAGAGACAUUUCUUUGGCAUUUUUUGAGACAGCAAGCAUGAUGAGGCAAAUUUCCCACAAACACAUUGUCUUCCUUCAUGGGGUCUGCGUCCGCGAUGUAGAAAAUAUCAUGGUUGAAGAGUUUGUUGAAUUUGGGCCACUGGAUCUCUUUAUGCACCGGAAAAGUGAUGUUCUUACAACUCCUUGGAAAUUCAAAGUAGCCAAACAGCUGGCAAGUGCACUAAGCUACUUGGAGGAUAAAGAGUUAGUACAUGGAAAUGUGUGCACAAAAAAUAUACUAUUGGCAAGAGAGGGAAUUGACCAUGAAUAUGGUCCUUUCAUUAAACUGAGUGACCCAGGAAUUCCAAUAACUGUGCUAUCCAGACAAGAAUGUGUCGAACGAAUCCCUUGGAUUGCACCUGAAUGUGUUGGAGAUUCAAAAAAUUUAAGUGUUGCAGCAGACAAGUGGAGUUUUGGCACAACACUGUGGGAAAUCUGCUAUAAUGGAGAAGCUCCCCUGAAAGAUAAGACGUUAGCAGAGAAGGAGAGGUUCUACGAAGGGCACUUCAUGUUGGUAACACCAUCCUGCAAGGAACUAGCUGAUCUGAUGAAGCAGUGCAUGCACUACGACCCCAAUCAGAGACCUUUUUUCAGAGCAAUUAUGAGAGACAUCAAUAAAGUGGAAGAACAAAAUCCUGAUAUUGUCUCUGAGAAGAAGCCUUUUGCAGAGGUCGAUCCCACUCUCUUUGAAAAACGAUUUUUGAAAAGAAUCCGAGAUUUGGGAGAGGGUCACUUUGGCAAGGUUGAACUCUGCAGGUAUGAUCCAGAAGGUGAUAAUACCGGAGAGCAGGUGGCAGUAAAGUCCCUGAAACCUGAGAGUGGUGGGAAUCAUAUUGCUGAUCUGAAGAAAGAAAUUGAAAUCUUGAGGAAUCUUUAUCAUGAAAACAUUGUGAAAUACAAGGGAAUUUGCAUAGAAGAUGGAGGAAGCGGGAUUAAACUCAUAAUGGAGUUUCUUCCUUCUGGGAGCCUAAAGGAAUAUCUCCCACGAAAUAAGAGCAAAAUCACCCUGAAACAUCAGCUAAGAUAUGCAGUUCAGAUCUGCAAGGGAAUGGAUUAUUUGGGCUCUCGUCAGUAUGUUCACCGGGAUUUAGCAGCAAGAAAUGUCCUUGUUGAAAGUGAGAACAGAGUGAAGAUUGGGGACUUUGGCCUCACCAAAGUAAUUGAAACCAAUAAGGAGUACUACACCGUCAAAGAUGAUCUCGAUAGUCCAGUGUUUUGGUAUGCUCCAGAAUGUCUGCUUCAGAGCAAGUUUUACAUUGCUUCAGAUGUCUGGUCAUUUGGAGUGACGCUAUAUGAACUACUGACAUACUGUGAUUCAGAGUCUAGUCCGAUGGCGGAGUUUUUGAAAAUGAUUGGCCCAACUCAAGGCCAGAUGACAGUAACGCGGCUUGUACGUGUAUUAGCAGAAGGAAAACGCUUGCCUCGGCCACAAAACGCCCCAGAAGAGGUGGACCAACUGAUGAGGAAAUGUUGGAUAUAUAAUCCAGGUGACAGGACGACUUUUCAAAAUCUUAUUCAAGGAUUUGAAGCACUUAUAAAUAAAUUAUAAUUAACAUCUUUGUAUUGUCAGUGCUUUACAUGUAUGUUAAAUAUAAAUGCCCAGGUCCUUUUAUUUUAACUACUGUAAUUUGUACUCUGGCUAUGCUAAUACGUGUUUAAGGGUUUCUUUUUCCACUGGUUUCCUUUUUUUGGUGUAAUGAACACUUGGAUCAAAAUAUUUAAAUUCCCUAGCAGAAAAUCUUUAAGCACUCUGCCCUUGGUAGGGUAUUACUUAUUAAAAAAGGCUUGUUCAUUGAUCAACCGGUCCAGCACUUAGAUUAUACUGAACUAACACAAAUUGGAAAGAACUGUGUCAAGCAAGGGAAUUUAUGAUGGUCCCAAGUCACAUUGCACAUCAACAGAUAAAGCACAUUAAACAAGUGUUCUGCAGCUAGAAUGAUUUUCUUGAAUAACUAACUCAGAAGAUUGAGCAGAACUUUCCAUAGCAAUUUAAUUGCUUUUCAAAUAAUUUUUAGGAAAGUGGUAAGAAAAAAAAAAUGGUCAAAAAAGGUCAUCUUUCAAUGCAUCUGCAUUUCAAAAAUAUUUUGGGCACAUAACAUUCAGUUCAGAUACUGUAUCAAUCAAGGUUAUCUAACCAAAAAGGUUUAACCUACAAUUUGAAGUCCUGAGUUUUUAUAUUCAAAAAAUAAAACCUAUAAAUGUAAAUAUUCCAAAAAAAGCAUUUACCAACUUUUAUGAAUCAGAGGGGUAGCCGUGUUAGUCUGGAUCUGUACACAGCAACAAAGAGUCCUGUGGCACCUUAUAGACUAACAGAUGUAUUGGAGCAUAACCUUGACGAAGUGGGUAUUCACCCACGAAAGCUUAUGCUCCAAUAUGUCUGUUAGUCUAUAAGGUGCCACAGGACUCUCUGUUGCUGUUUACAACUUUUAUGAGUUUGCAUUUCACUGCAGAAACCCAGUUUCUUACUACAGCUUUUUUUACCUUUACUAAAACAAAACAAAAAAAAA